AUGGCGGAGCUGGCGGCUGGAGCCGUCAGCUCAUUGCUGGGCGUCCUCUGGGCUGAGGCCCAGCUGCUGAGACGCGUCGGUAACGACGUGGAGUUCAUCAAGGAGGAGAUGGAGAGCAUGAACAGCUUCCUAGAGCACCUAGCCAGGACAGCGCCUCCCGGCGGCUCACAUGACGAGCAAGUGCAGACGUGGAUGAACCAGGUUCGGCAGCUCGCCCACGACUGCAGCAACUGCAUCGACCAUUACCUACUACGCGGUGAUCUGGCAAUCCACCGUGCCAGGGGUGGUUUCAAAGGCAACUUUUGGUGGCUUACUGCGGCUGCAGAAGACGAUGAUGAGGAUGAAGAUGUCAAGCAUCAGGCAGGAGCAGUGGCCGAGCAUUAUUCUUACUACCACCAUCUAGCUCUGGAGCCUCCCAAUCUGGAUAACUACUUCAUAGAGAAGAUAUGCAACUGGGUGGCGAGACUAAGGACCAACGCGGGACCAAUGCGUUCCAUCGCCAUUGUAGUACCAGAAGAUACAGACUACAUCACUGUAAGUGAAGGUUUGGAGAAAGCGAGCGCACAAUUUAAGCGCACGGUGUGGAUCAACCUCCCUUCAGUACACUACCCAUCAGAUAAGCUAGGACCCAACAAGGUUCUUCUCUUCAUCCUGCGUGUAUGCAGACUUCAGAAGCAACACAACGAUGAUAAGAAGUGGAUGGAAGAAAAGGUUACUAGUCGAUUCGAUGUUUGGAGCAAUGGAAGGAAGGAGAAAAGAAGAAUCAGGCAGCAAUUUGAACGCAGAGUUGAAGGAAAAAUUAAAGAACUCAAAAACAAGAUUGAAGAUAUGGAGAGCAAGGUCAGUGUUAAAAUGAAAAUAGUUGGGAGCAACAAGAAUGAGGCUACAGAAGGGGGGAAUCAGAUCACGGUCACAGAGGAAUUCAAAGCCAAUUUCGACAGCAAGAUUAAAGAGCUCGAAAACAAGAUUAAAGAUAUGGAGAGCAAGAUCAAUGAGAAGACAGGAGGGGGGCACGUGACAGGAGGAACAGAGGGGAACAUCAAGGAUGAAGAAACACAAGGGGGAGACAAGAAUGUUAAUGAAAAAGGAGGGAGCAACAACGUGACUCAACAAAUAGUGGGGGCCAAGGCCAACAACAAUGGAGCAACACAAGGGGUAAACAAUAUUGUUGAACAACUAAGUGUGACAAACACGGCAAGACCCUUGGCACUGCUAGUGCUAUGUAAAGAGGAAAGGAAUGAGCCGGAAACCAAGGACGUACUAGAAUCGGAUGAGCAAAAGAUUAUAAAGAAAACAGCUAUGAAGCUGGCAAAGUAUAUGAAAAGUGAAGGCGUGAACCUGCGCGACAGCCAAUACGAACAGAUUCUGCUGGAGCUGUUCCUGACCAGUGCUAAAGACCAAAGAAAUCAGGAUCAGAUCAAAGAAAUCAUCAUCUGUGUGAUUAAAGAAGACGUUUUAGCAGUCACAAAGUCUACCAAGUCCCGUGUCCCAGGAGAACAAAAACCUGGUGAAGAUCAAAUCGCCAGUGCCAUCCAAUAUACCAAGGAUAAGAUUCCAGAAAUGGAGCUCAAGAUUAAGCAGCAGAUGAUGAUCAAAUGGAUAGUGGAUCAAAUCAAUGAGCUUUUAGAUGAUAAAGAUAAUCUGCUUAUUAUCCUGCACGAUGAGAAUAGAAGACGUGGACCCAAGUGGGAGGAUAUAAUGAAUGCGGUGAAGCUAUUGAAGUGCGCCAAGGGCAGUGCAAUGAUAGUGACUACGAGGGACAGCCAGAAGGACAAAGACUUUUGCUACCCACCCACAGAGCCAAUAACAUAUUCUCUUGUUGGACUCUACCAUGAUAUUGUACUCAAGCUCACACAACAUUGGGUGAACAACGAAGAUGACAACAGCACCCAGAUUUUCCGCGACAUCUUGGACAAGUGCCAUCAACAUGAAUUCUGCAUGAAGAUGUUCGCUGGUGCUUUGUAUGCUAAUGCCAAUAGGAGCAAGAAAGAACUAGCGAGGCUAUCUGAGUGCCUGCAGGUGCAGGAUCCUGCAAGUCCAGAAAACACAUUGGCCAUUAAUGCAAAGAAGAUAUUCAAGUUUUCCUACAGAGAUCUGUCUAGAGAGCACAAGACCUGCUUGCUGUACCUAGCCAUCUUCAGCCAAGGUGACAACAUUGUUGGCCCACAGUUAGCUUCCCGACCACCGAGAUGGCCUUCAGACCACUACAGAUAG